ACAUCGCCGGACCGGAGGCCACCGGUUAUGCAAUGGCCGCCAUCGUCUCUUCCGCCGCGCCCACGACGCUGACUCCCCCGCGCGCCCGCGCACGGCGCCGGCCCAUCAAUUAUAGGCGCCUCCCCCGCGCCGGAGGCCUCGCGGCCGCGCUCGGGCUCGCGGGCGGCGGCGCAGCCCUCGCCGCUCCUCUCUCCUACGAGGAGAUGCUGCGGCUCUCCACCGACACCGCCGGCGGAGGCGACGGCGGCUUCGCGUUCCCGGACCUCGGCCUCGGCGGGCUGGCCGAUUUCGUCGCGCAGAACCCGCUCGUCGUCGCCGCGGGCGUCGCCGUGGUCGCCGUGCCGUUCUUCGUCUCGCGGCUGCUCGGCGGCGCCUCCAAGCCGUACGGCACCGUGUCCGGGAAGGCCGCGUACCAGACGCUGCUGGAGGAGCCCGGCGCGCAGCUCGUCGACAUCAGGCCUAUCAAGGACGCCCGGGAGGCCGGCUCGCCGGACAUUCGGGAGGCCAAGAAGAAGGCCGUGGCCGUGCCCUACGACGGGGAAGACAAGAACGGCUUCCUCAAGAAGCUUGAGCUGCGCUUCAAGGACCCCGAGAACACCACAUUGAUCAUCCUUGACAAGUUCGAUGGGAACUCUGAGCUAGUUGCUGAGCUUGUCACAGCCAAUGGUUACAAAGCUGCUUUCGCAGUGAAGGAUGGUGCAGAUGGACCUCGAGGAUGGCAGAGCAGUAAUCUUCCCUGGACUGCUCCCAAGAAGGGAUUCAGUUUGGACUUUGGUGAGCUAUUUGGGGAUGGUUCAGAAGGUUUGCCCGUCACUCUUGGUCUUGCUGCCGCUACUGGUUUCGGAAUACUGGCCUACACAGAGAUAGAAACCGUGCUGCAGUUUCUGGGUUCAGCUGCCAUUGUCCAGCUGGUGGUAAACAAGCUCUUGUAUGCCGAGGACCGACAGAAGACCCUACAACAGAUCGAUGACUUCUUUAACAAAAAGGUUGCUCCAAAGGAGCUUGUUGAUGAAAUUAAGGAAAUCGGUCAGGCUUUGUUGCCUACUUCUGGUGUAGCUAAGAGCCAACCAGCAGCAACAGCAGCAGCCCCAGUUGCUGCCGUCGCAACUGCUGCACCAGUAGAAGAAGCAGCCCCAGCUGCUGUACCAGUUGCAGAAGCCAGCACAGAAUCGCCUCCCGAGACCGUAGCGUCGACACCACUUUCACCAUAUACAAACUACGCGGAUCUCAAACCACCAUCCAGCCCAACCCCACCUGCUGCAGAGGGCAAGACGGAGGCGAAGGCUGAGGCUGCAGCGGCAACCGAAUCCCCGGUAGAAGUUACCUCGCCAGUGGUAGCAGAAGCCGUCACAGAACCGCCUCCAGCAAAGCCCAGACCUCUUUCUCCAUAUGCGAGUUAUCCAGAUCUCAAACCGCCGGCCUCCCCUACGCCCUCGCCGCCAUAGUGGUGUUUUGAGACGAGCUCAUCGAUGGCUGGCAUCUGUAUAAGAAACCACGUCUAGAGGAGAGGACAUUGAGCUGUCCAUAAAACACCACACCAGAGAGUCAAGAAUAAGUCAGCGGUCAAGUUUCCAAGCAGUACAUAUGUAUCCAGUGGUCACGUUUUGAGAUUCGUUUGUUCUUGUAAUUUUGGAAUUAGUAGAAGUGUGAGUUUAAAAGUCCGGGUACUACUUGACAUGUUUCAGUUGCUCGGGGAUGAAAAAACUGAAGCCGCGGAGCUUCCAGUUUUGAAGAA